AUGUAUUUGGAAACUAGAACGUUUAUUUUUGCUUUUUGGAUUUUUCUCCAAGUUCAAGGAACCAAAGAUCUCUCCAUUAAGAUGAACAAUUCUGAAACUGAACACACAGGCAAUGCCCUGAGAAUUGAAACAACUGAAAGUACUGUAAAAAUGUACAAACUGUCAACCAUGAGACAAAUAUUCGAUUUGGCAAAGCAUCGAACAAAACGAUCAGCAUUUUUCCCAGCGAGGGUUAAAGUCUGUCCGCAGGAAUCCAUGAAACAGAUUUUAGCCAAUCUUCAAGCUUAUUAUAGAUUGAGAGUGUGUCAGGAAGCAGUAUGGGAAGCAUAUCGAAUCUUUCUGGAUCACAUACCUGACACAGGGGAGUACCAGCACUGGGUCAGCAUCUGCCAGCAGGAGACUUUCUGCCUCUUUGACAUUGGGAAAAAUUUCAGCAACUCUCAGGAGCACCUGAAUCUUCUUCAGCAGAGAAUAAAACAGAGACACUUCCCUGAGAGAAAGGAUGAAAUAGCCGCAGAGGAGAUAUUAAGAGAACCCCAUGAAACGCCUGUGUUUUCAACAGAUGUUGCUGGUGUCUCACUCUGGCCCUUCCUUCUCACUCCUGAUGACACACUCCUCAAUGAUACCAAGACGCCUACAAUAGAAAGAGAAAUAGAAUUAACUGAGGUAUCCGAGGGCCCACUGGAGCAGAAUGUGGAGCUGAGCAUCUCUCUGGCAAACCAGAAGUUCAAGGCAGAGCUCGCUGACUCCCAGUCCCCAUAUUACCAGGAGCUAGCAGUGAAGUCUCAAGUUCAGAUGCAAAAGGUAUUUAAGAAACUUCCAGGAUUUAAAGAAAUCCAUGUGUUAGGAUUUAGACCAGCGAAAGGAAGAGAUGGUUCAAGCUCCACAGAGAUACAACUUACGGCCAUCUUUAAGAGAGACAGAGCAGAAGCAAAAAGUUCUGCAAGUGACCUGCUGUCUUUUGAUCCCAACAAAAUUGAAAGUGAAGGAGUCCUUCAUGGAAUGAUGGAGGAGGACAAGCAACCAGAAAUCUAUCUCACAGCUUUAGAUCUCAAAAAGUUGAUCAGCAGAGCACUACAGGAAGACAAAUCCUUGGAUGUGGGGACAAUUCAGUUCACUGAUGAAAUUGUUGGGUCACUGCCAGUCUCCGGCUCUGACACCCAGUCAGUGCCGCCCACCCUCCUUGCUGAUAUCACAAAGGAUGCUACUUGGAGUCCAGAACUUCCUUUUGGUCAACCCAGGCUUGAGACAGUGGACAGAGCAGGACACAGUCGACCAGGUGAGUCUUUAUCUCCACCUGCUGUAGCCUCGACCACCCUGUCAGAAACUUCACCUUUCUUCACUGCAUCAAGUAUCUUCUCUCUGACUGAUCAAAGUGCCACAAACAUAAUGUCCAUUGACCAGACUGAACUAAUCCCAGGUCUAACCAGUCCCACCAAUGAUUAUUCUGCCAUCAGCCAGUCAGCUCUGGAAAUGUCACAUUUGUCUACAUCUUCAGAAAACAGCAGGUUGAGUACAAGCAGCCAAGAUAUAGUCAGAGACUUAGAUGGAAUGGAUCUAUCUAACAUUCCCAUCUCCUUUGAGGUACCAGGGUUCAGUGGAUAUGUUUCCAUCCCAGACCGUUUCUUGGAGAAUACCACUCCUGUCCCAGCUUUACAGUAUAUCACCACUAGCUCUAUGACCAUCACCACCAAGGGCCACGAGCUGGUGGUAUUCUUCAGUCUGCGUGUUGCUAACAUGCCCUUCUCCAAUGACCUGUUCAACAAGAGCUCUCUGGAGUACCAAGCUCUGGAACACCGAUUCACACAGCUGCUGGUUCCAUAUUUACGAUCCAAUCUUACAGGAUUUAAGCAACUUGAAAUACUUAACUUCAGAAAUGGAAGUGUCAUCGUGAAUAGCAAAAUGAGGUUUGCUAAGUCAGUGCCCUACAACCUCACUAAGGCUGUGCAUGGGGUUUUGGAGGAUUUUCUUUCUGCUGCAGCUCAACAACUUGAUCUGGAAAUAGACAGCUCCUCUCUCAACAUUGAACUAGCUGAUCAAGCAGAUCCCUGCAAAUACCUGGCCUGUGGUGAAUUUGCCCAGUGUGUAAAGAAUGAAGGGACUGAGGAAGCAGAGUGUCACUGCAGACCAGGGUAUGAAAGCCAGGAGCACCUGGACCUCCGGAAGCUGGGCCCCUGUGCUCCUGGAGAGGAAGGUAAGGUCAUCCAGGGAAAGGGAGCUCCGUGCAGGUACUCACUAAAUCACUCUAAAAGGCAAGCAUACAAAAGUAGUGUUGAAAAGUUCCAACAUCAGCAAAAUAACAAGGUUAACUCGGAAAAAAAUUCUGAAUUACUGACUAUAGGAUAUGAAGAAUUUAACCAUCAAGACUGGGAAGGAAAUUAA